UUUUUAGGCUCUACAUAAUCUUUUAAAUGUGAAAAAAUUUAUCUGUGUGAAGCCUGUUUGAGACCAAAAAGACCAGUGUCUCCUGCACCCAGCGAUCUUUCCAUGAAGAGUGACUGGUCCAAGGAGGACCCUUUAAACUUCAGAAAAGGAGAACCAGGCAGCGCUUCCAUGACAACAAGCAAGGAUGAAGAAGAACGCAGAAAAGAGAAGGAUAAAUACAAACUAAGAGAAGACCUAAAAAAGAGGAUCGGCAAGCUGCAUGAAAAGGAACUGAAAGUAACUGACACUGAACUCUACGAGAUACCAGCUGAGAAAGACAAGGACCCUAAAGCACAAACCUUUUCUACAUUAUUUCAAAAAUCAAAGAAAGAGAAAGUGCGAACAGUGCUAAUGAUGGGAGUAGCUGGAAUUGGUAAAACAUUUCAAAAAGAGUUAUUCAUGGUAGACUGGGCAAAAGGAAGAUCUAACAAAAAGAUAGACUUUAUAGUGUCGUUAAACUUCAGUAAGCUGAAUUCAAUGAGCGCUCAAAGCCUGAACAAACUGAUUGGUCAUUCCCUCAAGGUUGAAGAACAUGGAGAUUACAAGUUUGACGAAUGUAAACUUGUUUUUGUCCUUGAUGGCCUGGAAAAAUGUGAACUUCCUCUGGAUUUUGCAAAGAACAAGGACCUGAAGAAUAUUGAAGAGCAAGCCUCGAUGGAUUCGCUGCUAACAAACCUCAUCAAGGGGACUUUGCUUCCCUCUGCUCAUCUUUGGAUCCUCUCUCAACCUUCAGGAGUUGAGAAGAUUCUUCCUGAAUACAUCCAGCGAGUGACAGAAUGUCGAGAAAACUUGAAGCGACGGCAGAAUCUGGCCUCAGCUCUGAGAGGAAGAUUGCUUGAGGAAGCGUCUCCAUAUGAACAUGUUAAUACUCCUAACCAGAAAAACACUGAACACAUCAUAAGAGAGGUCAAUGGAGAAUCUGUGAAACGGGUGAAUGCCGUAUCUGACAUCUUUAAAGAAGAAGAUGGAAAAACGAUCCGUACUGUGCUGACUACUGGAGAAAGUGAAAUUGGAAAAUCCUUAUGUGUGCAGAAAUUCAUCAGAGAGUGGGCUAAAAAGGACAGCAGCUAUUUUACUUGGUUUAAGGCUUUAUUGGCCAAAGCCCAAGCUAAAGAAGUAGAAGUUAUAUUUCCACUUAACAUCUCAAAGCUUCAAACGAUAAGAAAUAAUGAAACCAGUUUGGUGGAACUUCUUUAUGAAUUCGUCAAGGAAACAAAGGAAAAUGUCAUCUCUAACAUUGAGCAGUUUAAAGUUUUAUUUGUCUUGGAUGGAUUUGAUGCUUACCAACCUCCUCUUGACUUUGACAACAAAGACAAAGUAACUGAUGUCAGAGGGCGCGCUUCAGUGGAUGUUCUACUGACAAACCUCAUCAAAGGAAACUUGUUUCCCUCUGCCCGACUUUGGAUAACCUCCCGACUCAAGUUGCCUGAUGCAUGUGUCCACAGGACGACAGAAAUACGAUGUAAGCCUGAUGCUGCAUCUCACCAGACACUCAAAACCCAGCUGAAGGAACAAUUUACCCAUGUGAGUGAGGGGAUUGAUAAGCAGAAAACCUCUGCUCUUCUUAAUUCCAUCUACACAGAUCUCUACAUCAUCGAGGGAGAGAGGGGAGAGAUACAUUCUCAGCAUGAGGUCAAACAAGUUCAAGACGCAAAGUUCAAACAAGUGACACAAGAAACAUCGAUUAAAUAUCAUGACAUUCUAAAAUCUGCACCUGGUGAAAAUAGACCCAUUAGAACUGUGCUGACGCUAGGAUUGGCAGGCAUUGGAAAGACGUUUGCUACAAAGAAGUUCAUGUUGGACUGGGCUGAGGGUAAGGCCAAUGGGGAAAUAUUUUUUAUAUUUCCACUUUCUUUCCGGGAGCUGAAUUUGAGAGAAAAGGAACACACCUUGGAGGAACUCAUUUUUCAGUUUUGUCCAGGAAUGAAGACAUCAGAAAUAAAAGACUAUGACAAGUACAGCAUUCUGAUUGUACUGGAUGGUCUUGAUGAAUGUCGCCUUGAACUUGACUUCAAGAAUGCUGUAUCUUGCACAGAGGUGAGUAAGCGAACCUCAGUGAGUGUCCUACUAACAAACCUCAUCCAAGGAAAUCUGCUGUCCAAAGCUCAAAUCUGGAUCACCUCCCGACCUGCAGCUGCCAAUCAUAUCCCUGCUGAUAAAGUUGACCGGGUAACAGAGGUGCGAGGAUUUAAUGAUGAGCAAAAGGAGGAGUACUUCAGAAAAAGAUUCAGUGAUAGAGAUUUGGCAGAGAAAAUCUUGUUGCAUGUCAAGAAAUCAAGGAGCCUUUACAUCAUGUGUCACAUUCCUGUCUUCUGUUGGAUCACAGCAAGCGUUCUGGAAGACGUUGUGAGAGAAACUGAAAAAGAAGGAGAGAGAGCAAAGACAAACGAAGACAGGAUGCCCAAGACUUUAACUGAUAUGUACAUAUACUUCCUCCUGUUACAAUGCAAACAGGCUAAUGUCAAGUACGCUUCAGAUGAAGCAGGUGACAAUUCUAAAACAGAUUCAUGCUGGAAUGCAAGGAACAAGGAAACAAUCAUUUCUCUGGGUAAAGUGGCUUUUGAGGGUCUAAGGGAAGGGAACCUUCUCUUCGAUGAAGAAAAGUUGAAAGAGGAUAAGGUUAACAUCCAAAAAACUGCAGUCUUCUCUGGACUUUUUACUCAGAUCUUUAAAGAACGAUGUGGGCUGUAUCCGCAGAAAAUGUUCUGCUUUGUUCAUCUGAGCAUUCAAGAGUUCCUGGCUGCUUUGUAUGUCUUUCAAACAUUCAACAACACAGGUGAAAAUCUGCUUUCCAUGCCCAAUCCAACAGAUAAAGACAUGCCUGAAGGAUUCUACACGACAGCGAUUGACAAAGCUUUAGAUAGCAAAAAUGGGGACUGGGAUCUGUUUCUCCGCUUCCUCUUGGGGCUCUCUCUGGAAACGAAUCAGAGUCUAGUGCAAGAACUUCUGAGGGAGACAGAAAACAAUGUAGAGACUAACAAGAAAACAAUUGGGUACAUCAAAGAAAAGAUUAAAGAUGAGAAGACUCAUGCAGAUAAAAAAUGCAAUCUUUUCUACUGUCUGAAUGAGCUGAAUGACCACUCUCUGGUUGAAGAAGUGAAAAAGUACCUCUGCUCAGAAAGUGUCACAUUUGAAAAUUUCACCACCUCCGAGUGGUCAGCUCUGACUUUUGUGCUGCUAACAUCAGAUGAGAGGCUUGAUGUGUUUGAUCUGAAGAAGUACCUAAAAUCAGAGACUGUUCUUCUUGGAAUGUUACCGGUUGUCAAAGUGUCCCAAACUGCUUUGCUGAGCUGGUGUACUCUCUCUGAGGAGUCCUGCAGAGGUCUGUCAUCUUUAGUCCUCAGCUCCCCAUCCAAUAAUCUUACAGAGCUCAACCUGAGUCAUAACGACUUGCAUGAUUCAGGUGUGGAAAUGCUUGCUGAGGGCCUAAAGAGUGUACACUGUAAACUGGAGAUUCUCAAGCUGUCAGGUUGUCAGGUGACGGAGAAAGGCUGCUCAUUCCUGGCGUCAGCUCUCAAAUCCAAAAAACACUCCCUGAAACACCUGGACCUGAGUUACAAUCACCCAGGAGACAAUGGGAGGAGGCUGCUCUCUGAAAUAUAUGAAGAUCCAGAUUCGAAGCUGAAGACACUCUGUUUGGAUCACUGUGGAGCGCAUCGUAUAAAGCCAGGGCUGAAGAAGUAUGGUGCUGAUCUAAAGCUUGAUGAAAACACAGCAAGCAAGAGGCUUAUAUUGUCUGAGGAGAACAGAAAAGUAAAAACUGUGCGGACGGUGAAGGAAAAGGUGGAGCGACCUGAACACAAGGGCAGGUUUAUGAGGAGCCAGGUGAUUUGUGGGGAGGGCAUGCAAGGCCUCUGCUACUGGGAGGUGGAGUGGGAAGGGAGGGUUGGCAUCGCAGUGACAUAUGAAGCAGUGGGAAGAGGAUGGGAUAGAAGUGGUGGCCUAGGAUGCAACGAGAUGUCCUGGAGUCUGCUCUGCUCCAGGACUCAGUACCAUUCCAUACAUGGAAAAACAUGGAAACUUAUUGAGCCCAACAAUGAGAAGACAUCCAAAGAUAUUACGUCCAAAGACGGGAAGACUUCCAAAGAUAGGAAAACGUCCAAAGAUGGAAAUACAUCCAAAUAUGGGAAGACGUCCACAGACUUUAAGUUCAAGGAGGGAAAGACAACUAAGGAUUGGAAUAUUUCCAAAGACGGGAAUACAUUCAAAAAUAUUAAGUCCAAAAAUGGAAAGACAUCCUCAGAUGGGAAGAUGUCCAAAGACCUUGAGUCAAAAGAUGAGAAAACAUCCAAAUAUACUAAGUUCAAAGAUGAGAAGACAUCAAAAGAUACUGAGUCCAAAGAUGUGAAGAUGUCCAAAGACAUUGAGUCAAAGAAUCAAAAGACAUCCAAAGAUACUGAGGCAAAAGAUGAGAAGACAUCAAAAGAUACUGAGUCCAAAGAUGCAAAGAUGUCCAAAGACAUUGCGUCAAAAGAUGAGAAGACAUCAAAAGAUACUGAGUUCAAAGAUGGGAAGACAUCAAAAGAUACUGAGUCCAAAGAUGCAAAGAUGUCCAAAGACAUUGCGUCAAAAGAUGAGAAGACAUCAAAAGAUACUGAGUUCAAAGAUGGGAAGACAUCAAAAGAUAGGAAAACGACAAAAGAUGGAAAUACAUUAAAAGACUUUAAGUUCAAAGGUGGAAAGACGACUGAGGGCGGGAAAACUUCCAAGGAUGGGAAUACAUUAAAAAAUGGGAAGACAUCCUCAGAUGGGAAGACGUCCAAAGCUGAGAAGACAUCCAAAGACUUUGAGUCAAAAGAUGAGAAGACAUCCAGAGAUCCUGAGUUCAAAGAUGGGAAGAUGUCCAAAGACUUGAAGUUCAAAGGUGGAAAGACGACUAAGGAUGGGAAAACUUCCAAGGAUGGGAAUACAUUCAAAAAUGGGAAGACAUCCAAAGAACUUGAGUCAAAAGAUGGGAAGAUGUCCAAAGACAUUGAGUCCAAAGACGAGAAGACAUCAAAAGAUACUGAGCCCAAAGAUGGGACAAUGUCCAAAUUGCCUCUUUAUAAAAGAAUAGCAGUAUUUUUGGAUUGGGAAGCUGGCACUCUGACCUAUUACGGUGUCACACAAGAAAAGCUGAGCCUUAUACACACCUUCCAUGCCAGAUUCACUGAGCCCCUCUUCCCAUGCUUCUGGUUUCAGAAGGGCUCUGUGACCUUGUGUAAAAUAGACUGAACUCCCUGAGAUAGGGGAAGUCUUCCAUUGAGGCUCCAUUUGACUUCAAUGGAAUAGCAAAACCUUGCCUGCAUCGUAUCAAUACCAUGAUGUAAAAGACUGAAAGACACUAUAUUAACAUAGUUCCUCUUGCCGGAAGAUGUUUGAUCAAUUACUGUUUACUUAAAGUGGACCUAUCAUCCUGUAUUUCAAUAAUAUAGUGUAGGACCAUACCUAUAUAAGGCAU